AUGCUUGAUUUUAAGACUUUGUCUUAUGAUUCCUCCCUAGGUUCUGAAUUCCAUGAUGCUGAGGUGAAAUCAAAACAUCUUAAGAAGCAGAUUCAUGGAAAUGUCAGCAAGCCAUUACGUGAGAGUUAUCCUCAUGAAUUUUCCACCUUUGCAACAGGAGCCAUCAAUCUUCUGACAAGCAUACGCCAAGGGGUUCGGUCCCAGAGCAAGUACUUUGCUCGCUGGGAGAGCUUUGCAGGCAUGCAAAUGCUCAAGUCCCACAGUUAUGCAACCUCCCUAUCACAUCUCCUGAGGCAUUCCUGCAUCUUUGACACGGUGGAGAACGUUGGCCAUGCCCAAGAUUGCCGUUCUGGAUUCCAUGAUGGUGAGGUGAAAUCAAAACAUCUUAAGAAGCAGAGUCAUGGAAAUGUCAGCAAGCCAUUACAUGAGAGUUAUCCUCAUGGUGAGAGUUCCUAUGGGAUUCCUGAAAAAUUCACAACAGCUAAAUUUGCCACACCAUCAUUUGUCACACCGAAAGGAAGUGAAAGAAGGCAGCAACUUGAAGAGGAAGGUUUAGAUGAUCCAGGAAUAUCCCCUGUCUCAUCACAAGCAACAUCAUCAUUGUCACAGGGAAGACCUAGAUAUACUGCUGAUGGAUCACCUCAGUUACGACAGAUAAAACACGUUCUUCUGACAAGCAUACGCCAAGAGGUUCGGUCCCAGCGCAAGUACUUUGCUCGCUGGGAGAGCUUUGCAGGCAUGCAAAUGCUCAAGUCCCACAGUUAUGGAGCCUCCCUGUCACAUCUCCUGAGGCAUUCCUGCAGCUAUACUGUUGCCAGCCAUGCAUCGAUUAGCCCAAACAUAAUCCCCUCUGACAAUCAUCAGUUUGGUCACUUGAAGUUGGUUCUUCAAGUUCACUUUGUGGAGUACACUUCAUCAGUGGCGAGGACAGGAAGUGGCUACAACAGCAAGAAACAGGCUCCUACAAAGAGGAUAUAA